AUGGUAACCUGGUGGAGAGCAACUUCCCCAGGUCUUCCCCAGGUCUUCCCCAGGUCUUCCCCAGGUCUUCCCCAGGUCCUCCCCAGGUCUUCCCCAGGUCUUCCCCAGGUCUUCACCUGGUCUUCCCCAGGUCCUCCCCAGGUCCUCCCCAGGUCUUCCCCAGGUCUUCACCUGGUCUUCCCCAGGUCCUCCCCAGGUCUUCCCCAGGUCUUCCCCAGGUCUUCCCCAGGUCCUCCCCAGGUCUUCCCCAGGUCUUCACCUGGUCUUCCCCAGGUCUUCCCCAGGUCCUCCCCAGGUCCUCCCCAGGUCCUCCCCAGGUCUUCCCCAGGUCCUCCCCAGGUCUUCCCCAGGUCCUCCCCAGGUCCUCCCCAGGUCCUCCCCAGGUCUUCCCCAGGUCUUCCCCAGGUCUUCCCCAGGUCUUCCCCAGGUCCUCCCCAGGUCUUCCCCAGGUCCUCCCCAGGUCCUCCCCAGGUCUUCUCCAGGUCUUCCCCAGGUCCUCCCCAGGUCUUCCCCAGGUCCUCCCCAGGUCUCCCCCAGGUCUUCACCUGGUCUUCACCUGGUCCUCCCCAGGUCUUCCCCAAGUCCUCCCCAGGUCUCCCCCAGGUCUUCACCUGGUCUUCCCCAGGUCCUCCCCAGGUCUUCACCUGGUCUUCACCUGGUCUUCCCCAGGUCUUCCCCAGGUCUUCCCCAGGUCUUCACCAGGUCUUCACCAGGUCUUCCCCAGGUCCUCCCCAGGUCUUCCCCAGGUCUUCACCAGGUCUUCCCCAGGUCUUCCCCAGGUCUUCACCUGGUCUUCACCUGGUCUUCCCCAGGUCUUCCCCAGGUCUUCACCAGGUCUUCACCAGGUCUUCCCCAGGUCUUCACCAGGUCUUCACCUGGUCUUCCCCAGGUCUUCACCUGGUCUUCACCUGGUCUUCCCCAGGUCUUCCCCAGGUCUUCACCAGGUCUUCCCCAGGUCUUCCCCAGGUCUUCACCUGGUCUUCACCUGGUCUUCCCCAGGUCUUCCCCAGGUCCUCCCCAGGUCUUCACCUGGUCUUCACCUGGUCUUCCCCAGGUCUUCCCCAGGUCUUCACCAGGUCUUCACCAGGUCUUCCCCAGGUCCUCCCCAGGUCUUCCCCAGGUCUUCCCCCGGUCCUCCCCAGGUCUUCCCCAGGUCUUCCCCAGGUCUUCCCCAGGUCUUCCCCCGGUCCUCCCCAGGUCUUCCCCAGGUCUUCCCCAGGUCUUCCCCAGGUCCUCCCCCGGUCCUCCCCAGGUCUUCCCCCGGUCCUCCCCAGGUCUUCCCCAGGUCCUCCCCCGGUCCUCCCCAGGUCUUCCCCCGGUCCUCCCCAGGUCUUCACCUGGUCUUCCCCCGGUCCUCCCCAGGUCUUCCCCCGGUCCUCCCCAGGUCUUCCCCCGGUCCUCCCCAGGUCUUCCCCAGGUCCUCCCCCGGUCCUCCCCAGGUCUUCCCCAGGUCCUCCCCAGGUCUUCCCCAGGUCUUCCCCCGGUCCUCCCCAGGUCCUCCCCAGGUCUUCCCCCGGUCCUCCCCAGGUCUUCCCCAGGUCUUCCCCAGGUCUUCCCCCGGUCCUCCCCAGGUCCUCCCCAGGUCUUCCCCAGGUCCUCCCCAGGUCUUCCCCCGGUCCUCCCCAGGUCUUCCCCAGGUCCUCCCCCGGUCCUCCCCAGGUCUUCCCCAGGUCCUCCCCAGGUCUUCCCCAGGUCUUCCCCCGGUCCUCCCCAGGUCUUCACCUGGUCUUCCCCCGGUCCUCCCCAGGUCUUCCCCCGGUCCUCCCCAGGUCUUCCCCAGGUCUUCCCCCGGUCCUCCCCAGGUCCUCCCCAGGUCUUCCCCAGGUCUUCCCCAGGUCCUCCCCAGGUCUUCCCCAGGUCCUCCCCAGGUCUUCCCCAGGUCUUCCCCCGGUCCUCCCCAGGUCUUCCCCAGGUCUUCCCCAGGUCUUCCACCGGUCCUCCCCAGGUCUUCCCCAGGUCUUCCCCAGGUCCUCCCCAGGUCCUCCCCAGGCCUUCCCCAGGUCUUCCCCAGGUCCUCCCCAGGUCUUCCCCAGGUCUUCCCCAGGUCUUCCCCCGGUCCUCCCCAGGUCUUCACCUGGUCUUCCCCCGGUCCUCCCCAGGUCUUCCCCCGGUCCUCCCCAGGUCUUCCCCAGGUCCUCCCCAGGUCCUCCCCCGGUCCUCCCCAGGUCCUCCCCAGGUCUUCCCCAGGUCUUCCCCAGGUCCUCCCCAGGUCUUCCCCAGGUCUUCCCCCGGUCCUCCCCUGGUCUCCCCCAGGUCUCCCCCAGGUCUCUGCAGCCCUGA